CCUUCGAACCACGUGAUUCCCGCCAUUCACAGCCCAACAUACCAUCUGGAAUCCUGUUACAGGACCUAUGGUGGGGACGUCUGGGCGGAGCAAAGCGUCGGUCCUUUCAAGCUCCGACGCUCCGGACUCCAAGCUUUCAGUUCUGCCGUAGCACUCUCCAGGUAGAGAUGUUAGCACGCGCCCCUACCUCUUGAACGCGCAUUGUUUCGUCGUCUGUUGACCCAAACUUUACGUCUGUGAUGUUAAACGAAGAAUCGUUGUGAAAUGUUCUCCUCAAGGAUUUUAACCAUGUUCCAAUUAGUUUUAAGUGUUUUCCUGUUCGGUUUCGUGCAUUCCCGAGCUUUGACCAGCAUCGAAUCGACUCCCAGGGGCUGUGAAUGGCUGAUGGAACCUGUUGGCGAUGAUGGUGACGAAGAACCCGUACUGGUAUGUCAGAUAAGAACGAUUGGGAACGCUGAGAGUGUCCUGGGGAACAUAUCCCAGAGUCAGAGCGACCACGUCACGGUGCUCAAACUGGAAUGCAGCGACGUCUUAUUCUUCGAAAGUUCCCUGGAACCUAGCAAGUACGGAAACUUCUUAUCCAACUUCCGGAAACUGAGGGACUUGAAGAUCGAAUACUGCAAGAUAAGGAACGUACCAGCCAACGCUUUAUCCUCGAUGAGGCACCUCAAACGUCUCUCCAUCCGUUCGCACAACUCCGACUGGUCCGCCAUGACUUUGGAUUUACACAGGGAGAGUUUUAGAGGGAUGAGCGAGCUGCGAAGUUUGGACUUAUCGGAUAACAACAUAUGGAACACCCCCGACGAGGCUUUCUGCCCUUUGUACAGCCUGGCUCAGCUGAAUUUGUCCCAUAACAAACUUCAGGAAGUUACGACUCUCGGUUUCUCCGACUGGGGUAACGGACCCCUGGCCCCUGGAAAGGCUUGCGCUGGCGGUUUGGAAGUGUUGGAUCUGUCGCAUAACGAUAUCAUAGUGCUGCCGGAAAACGGUCUAUCCGGAUUGAGGAUGCUGCAAACUCUGUAUCUCCAAGAUAACGUCGUUUCGACGCUCGGCGAUCGCGCCUUCGUUGGACUCAUAUCGCUGACUACCCUUAACAUGUCGAGUAAUUCCCUUGUUGAACUUCCGCCCGAACUGUUCCGCGCUUCUAGACUCCUCACCCAUCUCUAUCUGCACAAUAAUAGUUUGAGAGUGUUAGCCCCGGGUCUCCUAGAAGGCCUCGAUCAACUUCAAGUCCUCGAUCUAUCCGUAAACGACCUUUCCAGUAACUCAGUGAACAGAGACACUUUCACCGGCUUGGUGCGUUUAGUCGUGCUCAAUUUAUCCCACAACCGUCUGACCAAGAUCGAUUCCAAUCUGUUCCACGACUUGUACACCCUGCAAAUCUUGAAUUUGGCCCAUAACAGCAUCGAAAACAUCGCCGAGUACGCCUUCUCAGAACUCAAGAACCUCCACACUCUCACCCUGUCCAACAACAGGAUUUCCUACAUUGAAGCCUUCCAUUUCGCUGGCGUUUACGCGAUGAACAACCUCCUCAUCGAUUCUAACAGAAUCAAGUUCAUCCACCCCCAGGCCUUCGAGAAUCUCACCAAUCUCCAAGACUUAGGUCUCAACGGUAACUUGUUAGGGGCUGUACCUGAAGGUAUCGGGAAGUUGAGGUUCUUGAGAACCCUGGAUUUGGGGAAGAACAGGAUCGAUACGGUUACGAAUUCGUCGUUUGAAGGACUUGAUAUUUUGUACGGUCUUCGAUUAGUGGAUAAUCAAAUAGUGAAUAUAUCCAGGGACGCUUUUUCCACACUACCCUCGUUAUCAGUGUUGAAUCUUGCGUCUAACAGGAUAAGAUACGUGGAACAGAGUGCUUUCGCGAGUAAUCCAACCCUGAAGGCCAUCAGGAUGGACGACAACGAGUUGACGGACAUUAAAGGGGUAUUCACGAACCUCCAGAGUUUGAUGUGGUUGAACGUGUCGUCCAACAAUCUCGCCAUCUUCGACUACAGCCAUCUGCCGGUGAGUUUAGAAUGGCUCGACAUGCAUGACAAUGAAAUUUCCGAACUGUCCAACUAUUACGAAGUGCGAAACACGCUCAAGAUCAAGAUGCUGGACGUGAGUUUCAACGUUAUCAGCGAGAUUAAACAGAAUUCGAUACCGGAGAGGGUUGAAACUUUGUUCUUGAACAAUAACAAGAUAAAAAGCGUGGAACCUGGGACUUUUAUGCGGAACGAACGUUUGGAGAAGGUCGUGCUUUACGGUAACGAUUUGGAAACUUUGGACUUGUCCGCGUUGAGUCUUGGACCUUUAAGUGACGAUAUAGACGUUCCUCAGUUUUACAUCGGCGGUAAUCCGUUCAAGUGCGAUUGUAAGAUGGACUGGUUGCUCAGGAUUAAUCACAUGAGCAACUCGCGGCAGUAUCCCCAAGUGCUCGAUCUGGACGCGGUCACGUGCGAAUUGGUGCAUACCAGAGGCGGCCCACCGCAGCCUCUGCUCGACCUCAAACCGUCCCAGUUUUUGUGCCCCUACGAGUCUCACUGUUUCGCGCUCUGUCACUGUUGCGAUUUCGACGCUUGCGAUUGCGAGAUGACGUGCCCGACGAACUGUACGUGCUACCACGACGAAACGUGGACGUCCAACAUCGUGGACUGCCACAACGCCGGUUACACGGAAGUGCCCCAGAACAUUCCCAUGGACGCCACUGAGAUAUACCUGGACGGCAACGACUUGGGCGAGCUCGGCAAUCACGUAUUCAUCGGCAAGAAGAAGCUCGAGGUGUUGUUCUUGAACAACAGCAACGUCAAGUCCGUACACAAUCAGACCUUCAACGGCGUCGGUUCCCUCAAGGUGCUACACAUGGAGAAUAACAAUUUGGAGGAGCUGCGAGGCUUCGAGUUUCAACCGUUGGAGAGACUCAACGAGCUGUACCUGGAUCACAACAAGAUCGCCAGCGUGGAUAACAAGACGUUCCAGAGCAUGCACACGUUGGAAGUUCUGAAAUUGGACGAGAAUAGAAUCGUGGAUUUCUCCCCGUGGAUCCUCCCCCAGGUGGAGGACGCGGGGAUCAGACCCCGGGUGUCCCUAGCCGGCAACAAGUGGUCGUGCGAUUGCAGUUCCCUGGCGCCACUCCAGGCCUGGCUUCGGGAAUCGGGCGCCAACCCCUCAGAAAUGAUAUGUGCGGAACCGGGUGAUACAAGAACAGUCGCUGACGUUAUGGCUACUUGCGAGAAUAUAGCGAACGCCGCUGCAACUUCCGUCGUGCAAGAAGUGGUUAAGAACAAUCAGCUGUUAGGCGGUGGAUAUUUCCCGUUGUUAGCAGCUACCCUCGCGGCCGUCCUCCUUGUCUGUCUCUUCUCGGCCGUCCUGUUCGCGUUUAGGCAAGACGUCCGUCUGUGGAUCCAUUCCAAGUACGGCAUCCGCGUGUUUCAAGACGCUUCAUCCAUUCACGACGCCAACGACGAUUCAGACAGACUCUACGAUUGCUACAUGAUUUACAGCCAUAAAGACGAGGAAUUGGCUGGCAGGAUCAUAGCCGCCGAGCUGGAACAUCUGGGCCACACGUUAUGUCUCCAUUAUCGAGAUUUGCAUCUCAUGGGUGGUGCCUCAUACUUGGCAGAUGCGAUGGUUAGCGCCGCCGAUGCUUCCAGACGCGUCAUCCUCAUAGUCUCCCCCGCUCUGAUUUGCAACGAAUGGUCCAAGCCAGAAUUCAGGGCGGCACUCCAAGGAGCCUUGCACGCCACCAGGCACAAGUUGAUCUGCGUCCUCAGUGACGAUCCCUUGGAACCCAUGGACCCAGAGCUGAGGGCCCUUCUGAGGGCCUGCACCGUCACCAGAUGGGGUGAAAGGAGAUUCUGGGAUAAACUAAGGUACGCAAUCCCCGACGUCAUCAAUAAUAGGUUACCGAAGAGGAACAAGAAACCCUUGGAGAUCAGAUGCAAGCCAAACCCAAGGUACACACCUACUCCAACUGCCUUGGACUCGUGGUACAAGUACUCAGCGAUGCCGGGCGUGCAUCAUGCUCCCAAUUUGACUCCAACACCAACCCAGAGUACCUACGUGUCUGGGGAAUCUGCCAGGAGUACUGAAGACGAAGCUGGAUCCAGUACCAGCAGUCAACACUAUGGUUCAGACCAGUUAAACCACAGUUACGUCUCCAUAGACGGUAGACCUCCUCAAUAUACCCAAUACCCAGUCAGACAAGAUGUGCCCCAACAUGUUUAUUCAACGAUACCAGAAACUACACCCCACACAAGGACUUAUUUCGUAUGAAAAAAACCUAGUGAGUUAACCAAUUGACGAAAGGCUGUUUAACUUAAUAAUAUAUUAUUAUUAACUAUAUUGGACCUUUUUGAAUACGUAAAUAUCUUUUUUCCAAUUUUGAAUGUUUCUAGGUCUAAAAACCAAUGUACUAAAUUAUUGUAUAUAUUUUGUAAAUAUAUGGAUAUUAUUUAUUUGUAAUAUAACCUCGAGGAAUAUCGAAAAGCUUGAAGUCAUUAUUAUUAAGGUUUUGUAUAUAAAAUUAUAAAGCGAAUGAUUGAAUUUUAAACAAAGACUGUUUAUUUGUAAAUAUACUCUGAAUAUUAUAUGAUUAAAAUGAAUUUUUACAUA